UUUACAAGAAGGCCAAAAGAGAUAGGUGGGGAAAGAAGGAAAUUGUGCCCCUCCCCCCCAGCCAAGCUCCAUCAUUCCGAUCUUCAGGCCGCUACUAACGAGUGCUUGACACCCUAAAUAGUCGCCUCGUUAAUUGCCCGUUUAAAUCAUUAAAGAGCACGCCGAGCCAUAUCUAUCAUGGCCAGGAUGGACUGUCAACCUUCUGGCUGCGAACGAGCUACGAGCUGCCAGAAGCGGACGCCUUCUCUCUCUAUCUCCUUCCCCAGAAGACGAAUCCGACUUGUUGCGGAGGAACCGCGGGAUAAAAAAGCUCGAAAAAUAACUUUGUUGCUUUUUGAAUGGAUAAGAUAAAAGUGCUGAUAUAGAGUACGAAUUAACAGCCGUUUCGAUAGAUACCUGCAUAAUAUUUCGAUGAAACUUCGCAGUACUGUUGAGCUUGGUGCCUUUCUAACACCUAUGGGUAAAAAUCUGUUUGGAACUGCAGGAACCAUGGAAUACUAGGCAAGAAAGUUUGGAGAAUAUUUUCGUUGGUUGUGAAUUCAGAUAAAGCUGCUCACAAAUGACUGAAUUUGACAGCCGAUGUUCUUGAUACUGACGAACGUCGGGGAAAUUUUGGUUUGGUGUUGGUCAAAAAACUUCUACCAACUCUGGGAAAGUAUUUAGAUUUGGAGAUUAGCUAGUGCUUCAAUAACAAAUAUUAACAGUAGUCAUAAAAUAUUCUUUCCCAAGAUGUAAUUAUAAAUAAUUUUGGAUUAGGCAUUUAGUCUGGAGCAAAUGUUACGAAUUAGACACUCAAACCAUAUAAGAUUAUAGUGGAUUAGACAUUUCUGCGGAGAAGCCAUAUUCGCUUCAGUGAUGAAAUACUGAAAUUCUGAAUUAUUUUCGAACGGUUAACUUCAGCAUCAUUUAUUAAAUGCUGAUAAUUCUUUAAUAAUUUUUUCAUAACACUAACUUUUGGAUGACGAUAAAAAAAAGUUCCUUUAUGGGUAAAUGAGUGGCUUAAGUGAUUUUUUAAUUGGCGUUAAUUUAAACAUGGAAAGCAAAAUGAACGAUUUGCCGAGUGAUAAAGAACAAAAGAACUGGAAUACAAACUUCUGCAUCGAUAACCUUCUUGGCAAAAACAAGGCAGCUUGUUCUGUACCAGACAGAACUUCCAGAGAUUCCGACAAUGCGACGAGCUCCCAAGAAGAAUCAGAAAAUGGUUUGGAAGGUGAAAACACAUCCGAAGAUCGGCGGAAACGGCCGAGAACAGCUUUUACGUCUGGCCAAAUAAAGGCCUUAGAAGCUGAGUUCGAAAAAAACAAGUACUUAUCUGUCUCCAAAAGGUUACAGUUAGCCAAAGCACUGAAGCUCUCAGAGACUCAGAUCAAGAUAUGGUUCCAGAAUCGAAGGACGAAAUGGAAGCGCAAAUACAGCACUGACCUGGAGGUGCUCGCCCAGCACUAUUACCAAUCCAUGGGGCUCUAUGCCGCAAGACCCAUGGUAAUCGGAGACAGACUAUGGCUCUUCAACUACCCACCAGAAGCUGCGGCCUUGGCACCGUCUGUUAUCGGACAGAACCUUCGACCGGUCCUCGAAUCUCCGAUCGGGGACGUGCCUCCUCAACUCCUGCCUCCUUUCGAAUGAUAUUUGAGAAACAUGCUCUGUUAUAUAUUUAUAAAAAUCUUUGGAAUUACCAA